CAAAGCUCGAACAUUAUUAGCGCGUAAGCGUGUUGCUUAUCUCGAACCCGAACGUAACGAAAGAUCAUUUUACCAAAAUAUGAUUGCAUAGUUCCAUAAUUGAUCUGUUUGCUCGUUUAUCGCAACAGAACAAUAUGAAACGCCUUCGAUAGCCACAGUUUCUAUUGUUACGAAAAAAAAUGUAAAUUGCACGAAGAAAAACGUGUCGAAACAGGAUCGAAGCCGCUUUGUUUUAUAUUAUGACGUUUAAUAAUAGAGAAUAUUUGACAUCACAAUGUUUAAACGGCCUGAGGAUUCAGAAGAUUAUCGUGUGUCCGCAAAAAGAGCGAGAUUCAAUGCUCCUGGAAAAGAUCCGCAGCAUAGCAAGGUACAGGAGAACAAAAAUGAGCAGUAUGAUGAUCUUUGGGGUGACGAUUUCGCCGAAGAAGAUAUCCAAGAAAUGGAUCUGAUUGCAUCUCAAGCAUGUUUGCAGACGAGCAAUGUAUUAGAUAAUUCGAAACCAUUUGAAAGUGGUUUGCAUUCAAUGAAAUUAGGCUUGCCCGAGAAAUCAUCUAUCAUUGCCUGCAGUGAAACAUCACGUUUAAAGUUAUUACAACCUAUGGAAAAGUCUGACUUGUAUACGAUGAAAAAAGAUGUACAAGGCAAAAGUCAAGAUAUUGUAGAUAUUAAUUAUUCUCAAUUUAGAAACAAAUUAAUAGAUAGAGAAAGUCACAACUCGACAUUUCAGAAGGGAAAUAACAUUAUUGUAUCAGAUGAUAAGGAAUUGGAGAAAUUAAAAAAUGAAAUAAAGAAGUUACGGAAUGACUUUAUAACCAAAGAUGGUGAAGCUGUAUAUUUACGACAGCGAUUACAGCAAAUUCAGUUACGAGCUGAAAAUGAGAAAUUAGAAAAAAUGCGUUUAAUUGAGGAACAAGCCAAUAAUCACAGAUUAGAGAUCAACAAAAUUUACAAAGAUAAAGAACAGUUGAAAACACAAUUAGAGUUACAAAAUUUAGAAAUAGGAAAUCUUCAGGAGCGUUGUAAACGAUUAGAAUCUGGAGGUAUUAAAUUAGAAGAACCACAAACAUUAUACAUGAAUAGUUCUUUUAGUAAUAAAAGCAAAUGUAGCACUUCAAUAGAUCGACAAACAAAUAUGAAUAAAAAUCCAAUAAAAGAAGUAUGUGUACAAACUAAUAUAUACAAGAGAACAGAUCAUCAACUUCAAACAUGCAGUACUUAUUUUCCACUUGCGGGAAUUUCAGAAUUAAUGUUUGAAGCAUCAUUACCCGAAAAACCUAUUGUUAAUAUCAAGGUCAUAGAAAAAACUGGAAGAAGAAAUUUGCCUAUUUUGCAAGAAGAAGAAACAUUUAGGAUUUUUGAAAAUCCCGACUUGGUAAAGCCAGUAAUUACAAUAGUAGAUGACAAAAAAUUGACAAUAGAAUUUGUUCUACUUGAAAUAGCAGCCAUUGAGAGGAAAGUUAAUAGCGAGAUAGAAUCAGAAAAAUGUAUACCAAUAAUUAAUAAGCUAGUUUUGACCAUGAGAGAGCUGAUGCUGAAUGUUGUAGAAGUAUUGCAAAUGAUUUUUCAAGCUAUGAGAAACGAUGAUAUUCGAGAUAUGAAUGAUCUAUAUUUUUCUAAUGUUUAUGAGAAUCACAAUAUUUGUAUCAAGUCCGAGUGCGAAGCAAAUGCAUGGCAUGAAGGAGAACGGGGUAUCGAAGCGAGAAGAUUGCUCGGUGUACUUUCAUAUAUUAGUUUGGAAUCAUCAUAUUUAAGCAAUUACUUGGCAGGAAAGUCACUACUGCUCACAUGCAAUGAUGAGUGCUAUAAUCGUUACCUACCACAAAUGACACGUUAUAAUGCAUGGCCGAAAAAAAAUCACGAAUUUGAAAUUCUUGAGAUCAUUCUAGAAUGCGUUACUUUAAUAGGACGUGUUAGAAGAUCUCAUCAAUUUACAGGUCUUAUAAAUGCAAUAAUAAAAGUACUAUGUAAUGUACAACGGAGAGUAGGUUACUGUAAAAAAGGAUUAGAAUAUAUUUGUCUUAUUUACAAAGAACUUGUGUUUUCGAGGCCACUAUCAAUCUGUUAUGUUUCAUUAAUAGAUUUUCUAAUGAUUUUCAAAUGCUAUACUGAAUUUAUACCGAAACUGUGCAGCAGUUCACAAUCAAUCGCAAUAAAAGGAUGGAAAGGUGCUUUACACUUUACACCAGAUGCUUGUGUUUUACAAAUUCUUAUAAUGCAACUGGAGCAUUUUCAUCCAGAUUUUCUCACUACUAUAAAUAUAACACAUGGGUUGAUAUCUGUGUGGGAUAUUCUGCAAACGAAUAAUAAUUUAUUAAGAAUUAAGAAUUCAGAAUCGUGUAAUUGUUAUAUGAAGCUAUUAAGAAUCACAAUUAAUAUGUUGAAAAAAUCUUCUGAAACUAAAUUAGAUAUAAUUGAUAAUACUGAGUGGCAGAAUUCAUUUUCUGCUUCUAAAAAGUGUUAUAGUUUAAAGAAAAUUAAUUAUAAAAAUUAUACAUGUGAGACGAAAUGUAGUGAGCAGAAUAUGGAAAAACAUCUAUCUGAUACAUAUCUGGAAAAGUUAGAUCAAAAUUUUUGGCUUGGUAUCAAAAAGGUCCAACACAAGAUAUUUAAACAAGGCAUUAGGUUUUUAUCCCAUCUCGCGAUUUGUAAUCCAGAAUUUCUUACCCAUUCAUCUGACAUGGAAGAUAUGUUUAAUUUAUUUAUACAAAACAUCGCUUUUUUCGACGAUUUGAUACUUCAUGAAAAUGAACGAGAAGCAUUAGAUAUUAUAAAAAUUACGUUGUUUAAUAAAAGUAUACACAAUGAAGCUGAAAUACCUCAUAAAGAUAUAGAUGUUUAUCAACUGAAUAUUAGAAAGAAGAUUAUUCCUGGAAUUAAGAGAAAUCAUGUUGAAGCAGUUAAAGAUUAUAAUAGAACAUAUAUGACUAUUAAAGCACUGUAUAAUUCUAAACCAGAAUAUAAAAAUAAUUAAAUAUA